GCAGGGCAAAAAAACCGGAAUCCCAUUGGCUAAAGACUAUACACUAUUUGAACUAUAGUAGGUUGUGAUUGGCUGAAUGAUUUUUGAUUGUAGAGUUUCUACCAGAAAUUGGCUUCAUCAAAUUCUGCUUUAUUCUGACUUUAUCAUACACAGCAUGCCUUGUUUUAGUGGGUUCAUGCCUAGAGCUUAAGUAUAUUAUACCUGAAUCCCUUACCAUUUAAAAGCCAAUUUAUAAACAGGGACUUGGAGUGUGACUCCACUAAUGUGUGUGUCUGUGAUCUUGGUUAGAAACCCACUUGGCUGCCUUUCGUCAGAGAGAUGGGGGGUGGGGGAAGGUAGCUGCUGGGAAGUGAUUGAUAAGGUUUCCUUUAUGGAUUCUGUGGUGCUUCACUGGAGCUCAGAGCACUUUGGCAACUUAACCACUCCAAAUUAAAAGCUCAUUUACAAUUCCUGCCCAAAGAUCCUGUAAAUAAUCGGCUAGCUAGGUCAUAGAGCUUGGCUGAGAGCUCUCCUUCCAACUUGAAAUUUCCAAAUAAAAGUGCUUUUUAUUCCCUUUCAUUUUGAAAAGUGUUUUCUUUGUGGUGGGGUAAGUUGGUGAGUGGCAUUUUCCUAGGGCAUCUGAGGAGAAGAAAGUGUUAAAUGUGUGUAGAGUGGUAGAUAGGAAUAGAUUGGCUCCAAAUCUUGGUGUUUCUUUGUGCAAAGGAUGUAACUUACAAGGGUACUUCUGUAACUUAUAGUUCUUUGGAAGAUCUGGUUAGUAAAAGGCGUAAGAUUUAUAUGAUUGAAGAGAAACCAGAGUAUGGAAGAUCUAAAUUAAAUGAUAAGUAUGAUAAGUGUUCAUUAAUGAUUUGACUUGGGGUUUGGUUACCUUGACUUUUUUAGAACUUGAGGCAGACCUGGAUGUAUCCUGCGAGUGUUUCCUGGUCUAUGUGGCCAUUUACAAUAUGGCCUGUGGCUUUGUGGCAGCCAGCCUUCCCCCAAUCCUGGCCUCAGUUCCUAAAUUCUGAGUAUUGUCAGCCUUUACCAGUGUCCUCCCCUUGACUAGACCAGGAUUCUGGAUUAUCCAGCAAGCUAACACUUCGUGGCCAUCUUUCUCAGUCUGAGCUCAGACAUUUUAAAUGUUUAGUAUUUCUAGGAGAUAAACCUCCUUAGGAAGAAAAGUAUGCUACUGUAGAACAUGAAAUUCGUCAUUCUGAAAAUAUAUACAGUUGACCAUUGAAAAACAGGGGUUAUGAUUGCUAACCCCGCAAACACAGUUAAAAAUCUGCUUAUAACUUUUAACUCCCCAAAACCUUAACUAAUAACCUACUGUUGACCAGAAGCCUAACUAAUUACAUAAGCAGUUGAUUAACACAUAUUUUGAAUGUUAUACACAUAUAUCUACAUAUACUUAAUGCAUUCAUGACAUCCUAACUUUUUAUUAUUAUUUGGUAUUUCUAGGCUAUGUGGUUUAUCUGCAAGUUUUUUCAAAUUGUCACAGAUCUCCAAAAAAAUGUCCGAUGUGUUUACUGAAUAACAUCCACAUAUAAGAAGUGGACCUGUGCAGUUCAAACCUGUGUUCAACGGUCAACUGUAGUAUUAGUAACUUCUGAAAGCUCUGUACCAGCACUGUGCUUCCACAUAGAUACCUGUUAUUUCCAAAGUAGUUUGAGUUUAGAAGUUUGAAGUAUAGUGUAGUCCUUAAAUUGUUUCAAACAGCAACCCCCUGGGGAUUUAAUCCUUUUGUUUGAAAACAGACUUGUUGCAGAGAUGUGUAUUUAUCCACAGCAUUGGGGCUUUCCAGCUCUCACGGACCCGUCAGCGUCCCCAGCGGCCAGUCUUGGCAUCUUCGAAGUAAGGAGAGUUUUAGAUGCGUCUGGAUGUUCAAUGCUAGCACCUUUACAGACUGGAGCAGCUCGAUUUUCUUCAUAUUUACUUUCAAGAGCAAGAAAAGUGCUGGGCUCCCAUUUAUUUUCUCCCUGUGGUGUUCCGGAGUUCUGCUCCAUAUCCACCAGAAAGCUGGCGGCCCACGGCUUUGGCGCAUCCAUGGCGGCAAUGGUGUCCUUCCCUCCCCAGAGGUAUCACUACUUUUUAGUGCUGGACUUUGAGGCCACGUGCGACAAGCCACAGAUUCAUCCUCAGGAAAUCAUCGAGUUCCCCAUCCUGAAGCUAAAUGGCCGGACCAUGGAGAUUGAGUCUACCUUUCACAUGUAUGUCCAGCCCGUGGUCCAUCCACAGCUUACUCCCUUCUGUACAGAGCUCACCGGGAUUAUUCAAGCUAUGGUGGAUGGUCAGCCAAGCCUGCAGCAAGUGCUGGAGAGGGUCGAUGAGUGGAUGGCGAAGGAAGGCCUCUUAGAUCCAAACGUCAAGUCAAUUUUUGUCACCUGUGGAGACUGGGACUUAAAAGUCAUGCUCCCGGGCCAGUGCCAGUACUUGGGCUUGCCAGUGGCAGAUUACUUCAAGCAAUGGAUUAAUCUGAAAAAGGCUUACAGCUUCGCCAUGGGCUGCUGGCCCAAGAAUGGACUUCUAGACAUGAACAAGGGCCUCAGCCUGCAGCACAUAGGCCGGCCCCACAGCGGCAUUGAUGACUGCAAGAACAUUGCCAACAUCAUGAAGACUCUGGCAUAUCGAGGCUUCAUCUUCAAGCAGACAUCAAAGCCGUUCUGACUGGCCGAGGACGGGAUGGGGCAGGACAGGGUAGCUGCUUGGCCCAGCUCAGAGCCCUCCUCUCCCUCACCAGAGGGGCAAAAGGAGAGUGGCACAGCUCUACGUCCAGAGUGUCCCCCAGCCUGCCCUGUAAGCUUGUGCCCUGGGUAAGGCUUGGCCACUUGGCCCCUCUGGAACAGACACUUCGUGCCCCCCAUCCCCACCCCUCAACCUCAGCUCAGUGUCAGCCCCUCCCAUUGUGGGCUUGGGCUGGGGGACCUCCUCUUCACCAUCUUCUCCCUGGUACACAGGCUUCUGCUGGGGCCACUGAGCCCCCCUGUGCCCCCUCCCAUCUGUAGUGCAUGGUGUGUGGUGCCCCCAGGGCUCCAGGACAGAUCAGGCCCCACCUUGUGUCUACCCCCAUCCCCGCUGUGAACGUACCACUGAAUAAAGUCGGGGAAACGAGG